AUGAACAGUGCCUGCGAACUACAUGGCGCGGCCUCAACAGCGCUGCUGGCACCCUUGCAAGACAGCGAGCAGCAGGAGCGGUGGCCGACAGCACCACUGCCGGGCGCAGCCCCCGCUGGCAUGUACUGGCUCACGCCUCCCAAAGCCGUGCAGUUGGAAGAGCAGCUGGGGCAGCACAUGGUGCUGAUCGACAUGGAUGACGCCUGUGAUGACAGCCCACCGCAGCAGAAGCAACAGCACAUCCAGCAGCCUUACCCAAGGGCACGCCAACCGGGCCCCAUCACGCCCAACGGCUACACACCCGCUGAGGUGGAGCGGGGCCGCGCGUAG